GCAGUUUUAUUAAUUUACUUGAUUCAUUCAAUCAUGGGGCAUUUAAUUUUCGGACUCGUUUUAACUUUCAUAAGCUUAAGUGAAGUUACUUGCGGUAGAGCUCCUGCACCAUCUGUACAUGUGCCAUACCAAAAGUCAUGCGAGGAUUUUUGCGUCACAUCGUCUGUCGUUACAAUCGAUCAAAUAAAAGGAAUUUAUUACAUGGUAAAAAUGAUUCCACAUUUCUUCCUUGAAAAUGUAAGCUGCACAUAUCUUAAUGUAUCUAGAGAACUAGUAGAUGGUGGAAAAUAUUUUGAAGCUGUUAGCGUUGUUGAUGGAAACAAGCGCCGAAAUUUUGGAUUCCUUAACAUAACUGACAAUUUGAUAGAUAUUUCCUACACAGACUUAAACCUUCCAUUGAGUGGUCAAAUAAUCUCAUUCAAUGCAGAUAUAAUUGCUGUUGUGUAUUGCCAUGACUGUGGAUUUUAUAGGAAAGAGGACGCAGGAGUUUAUGUCAACAUAUUUUCAAACUUAUUACAUAUCGAUUAUGAAGAUCUGAAACCAAUUCGUAAAGCACUGCAAGACUGCGGAAUACCAUUUAAUGCACUUCAAAAAGUAGACCAGCACCAUUGUCGAUCAAGGAAAUGUUAGAAUAAAUCAAAUUACUAAAAUUUCAUAAUUUUAUAGUCGUUUGCAAGUAAUAAAAAAUAAUUCUCUUAUCAUAUCUGAAACACGAUGCAUGAAAGAAAGAAAAAUUGUAAGGAAUAAGUUUUCAAAUUAAUUACAUUACUACCUAGGAAGAAUUUAUACAAUAAAACCUUUGAAAAAUGUGGAAUGAAUGUAAAAUUUUGUCAUUAAACAAAAUGCAACCAGC